AUGGGCAUCUGGGACGCCUUCACCGGCAAGAAAUCACAACCCACCCAAGAAGCCACCCCCGAAGGCUUCGUCUCCUCCCCCGAAGGCAUCGCAGUGACACCCACCUUCGAUGCACCCACCACAGACGACAUCGGCUCCUUCAUCUCACAGCCCGGCGCUUUCGACCCUAGCGCCCUCCACCCUCUCGCGGGCCUCAACAAAGACACUCUAGACUACCUCACCCUCGACGACGACGUCCUCUCCGACCUUCCGGGAGCAAAAUCCCUUCUCCCAUCCCGAGGCUGGUCUGACGAUCUCUGCUAUGGCACAGGAGUGACAUAUCUCGCCGCGCUAUCUAUGGGAGGAGCAUGGGGUCUAGCAGAAGGGUUGCGAAAGGUGCCCAGCGAUGCGCCGCCGAAGCUGAGGCUGAACAGCGCGCUGAAUUCGAUUACGAGGCGGGGUCCGUUCCUAGGAAAUAGUGCAGGAGUAGUGGCGAUGAUGUACAAUGGCGUCAAUAGUACGAUUGGGUAUUAUCGGGGGAAGCACGAUGCUUUCAACAGCAUAGCAGCCGGAGGCAUAAGCGGUUUCAUAUUUAAAAGCUCGAGAGGAGUACGGCCGGCGAUGAUUUCCAGCGGAAUCGUUGCAUCGGUUGCGGGCGCGUGGGCACUAACACGAAAAGUCGUGUUCGACGAGUAA